ACAUAUAUCGUCGCACAGCCACCAAUAACGGGUGACGCCAACUCCUCCGAUACUCCGACGCUCCGGUGGCAAGGCGAUUGCGCGCGCAAUGAAUCAGACCGCGCCAGUGUCGUGCAUUCCUGCGGGGAAGAUGUCGAAGACGAAGAAAGUGCUGGACGAGGCCCGGGAGAUCCAGAAUCCCGAGCUGGAUCUCGCGGACAAGAGUAUCGCAACGUUCGAAGAGAUGCCGGGAUUGCUAAAUAUGAUUAACGUAACGAGACUGACUCUAAGUCACAAUAAAAUUCAAGCGGUGCCACCGGGUCUCGCCAAUCUAGUCAACCUAGAGAUACUGAAUCUCUUCAACAAUCAUAUCGUCGAGCUACCUAUAUCUCUAUCGCAAAUGCCGAAGUUGAGGAUUCUGAACGUAGGAAUGAACCGGUUGGACGUGCUUCCUCGCGGCUUCGGUGCGUUUCCGGUCCUCGAAGUGUUGGACUUGACGUACAACAAUCUCAGCGAAAAGAAUCUACCUGGGAACUUCUUCAUGAUGGAGACCCUAAGAGCGCUCUAUCUCGCCGACAACGAUUUUGAGUACCUGCCACCUGAAAUCGGCCAGUUGAAAAAUCUUCAAAUUCUCGUAUUGAGGGAAAACGAUCUGAUUGAAUUACCGAAAGAGAUCGGUGAGCUGAUACGUCUUAGAGAACUCCAUAUUCAGGGAAAUCGUUUGACAGUGUUGCCUCCCGAAAUAGGGAACUUAGAUUUGGUGAGUAACAAAGCGGUAUUCCGAAUGGAAUUCAAUCCGUGGGUUACUCCGAUUGGCGAUCAGCUGCAAGUGGGCAUAUCUCACGUCAUGGACUACAUUCGCUCAGAGACGUAUCGAUACGUUUACAAUCGACAUCAAAGUGCCAAAGGCCCGCCACCUGCCAUCGAGAACGAUAAAAGCAAGAAAAUUUCACGCGCUCGUUAAUCUAUGCUCGUUUUCACAUCCUGACCAAAUAAUAAUAUCUCUGCCUAAUCUUGUA